AUGAAUGGAUUAAGUUUGUAUUAUAAUUAUCCAAAGAUUUGUUCAGGCUUUGUUCCAAUGAUUUUAGAAUCAUUUGAUUUUAUUAUUCCAAAUAAUAUUGAACAAUGCAAGAUGAUUUUGAAUUUCUUUAAUUCAUCAAUCCAUGACAUUUAUUUCUCUGAUUUAAUUAUCGAAGGAUAUGCAGAUUACAUUGAUAAUUUAGUUACAAAAGUUUUCAUGUCUGAUCCAAUAACAAUUGUAAAUAAGAAACCACAUUCUAAUUUCAUUAUUAAAUGUGCAGAAUCAUUAUUACCAGAUUUACUUGAAUUAGGCAUGAAAGCAGAGAAUGCAGAGAAAAGAAUGCCUCCUUUAUUGAUAUAUGCUGAUUUAGCAAUUAAAUACAAUAGAUGUGUUGAAUCAGCUAGUUUUACAUAUUAUCCAAUCGAAAUCAAAUACAAGAAUGAAAAUACAAAGAUUAUUAGAGGUCGUUUCCAAUACAAUGAUAAAAUUGUUGGAUUUCGAUAUCAUUUCGGAACAGGCGAGAAUGUUUUGACAGAUUGGUUAAGUAAUAAAUCUAAAGAUUUCUCUAAGUGGUAUAAAAUGGUUUUGAUUGAUUCUUUGUUAAUGAACAAAAUUACAGGUUCUGCAUUUGACAAUGCUCCUCCUGUUGUUGUUUAUUUCGCAUGCUUAAGUUUCUCAGUAUUAGAUGAAAUCCCAGAUAAAUAUUUGAACUUCAAAGGUCGAGAAUUUAAUGCAAUCAAUCAAUACAUCAAUCCCAGUGUUUUGAUUGGAUUUUAUGGAGAUUUCUACCACUGGGCACAAGCAAAGAAAAUUGCACAUAUAUUUGUUGAUAUUGAGAAAACUCAUGCACAUGGUGUUGAUUAUGAUUCACCAGAAAAUAUCAAACUUAUUGAUGUUCUUGCAAAUUCAAGAUCAAAUUUCCCAUCAAAGCUAUUUGCAUGCGAAAAUUUGUAUAACAAACUUAUUUAUUUUGUUGAAUACAAGAACUUAUCAGGUCUUGACGCCGGAGGAUUAUUUAGAGAUAGUUUCUAUCACAUGGUUAAUGAAAUCAUGGAUGUUAAUGCCAGAUAUUUCAUCAAUCCUCCAAAUACAUUACAUUGUGAAAAUGAUAAAUUGGUUCCUUCGACUAAUUUACCUGACAACAUCGCAUUCACAGUUGGUUCAUUACUUGCUAGUGCAAUUGCGACACAGAAUUCACAUAAAGCAUGGAAUUUACCACGUUUUAUUUGGUAUAGUUUCUCAACUAAUUCAAGUAUCAGCACAUUAGUUGAUUGUGAUGAUUCUGAAUAUUUCAAACAGCUUUCGCGUGUUGUUUUGAACACCAGAAAAGGUUUUUGGAAAGUUUUGCCUAUGAGUGUCAUCAAAAACGUUUCCGGACGAAUUCUUGAAGGAAUGGCAUGUGGAAACAAGGCAGCAUUAGAUUACAUAACAUUUUUGAACUAUUUCAACAGAGCAUCUCAUGAUUAUGAUGUUUGGGAAACAUUUGAAACCGCAUGCGCGAUGAUGACAUCAGAAGAAUUGUCUAAGUUGUUAGCAUUCAUUACAGGAAACGAAACACCAAAGAUAACUCGAGCUUUCUUCUUGAGAUUAUGCGAAGUCUUUCCGGCCAGAUAUUACGAUGAACCAGAGAUAGAUGAAACUAAGUUCCGUCUUCCAGAAGCACACACAUGUUUCAAUCAAAUCGAUAUCAUGCCAUACAGAGAUGCUGAUUUAUUGAAGAAACAAUUAUUAAUCUGUAUUUCUUAUGCAUCCACAAUUGAAGAUAAUCAUUGA